AUGACUUCGCUUUCCUCAAAUUCAAAUUCAUCUUCUGCUGAAGGAAAUCAUGUCUCUCUCUUGUGGGGUUGUGAAUUGAAUCAUACCACCCGGAGAUGCACAGUGAAAGAAGAUGAUGACUUAUUAGAACACUUGGUAUAUUUGAGGACAGUGUCCCUGGGGGAAGAUGCUGAUGAUGAGACCCAUGUGGUGGCUGUCGAGUCCAGAAACAUGGCCAGUGCUCCUGAGCCAGUACCCAUUGUCACACUGAAACAUCCUGUCUUACCAAUGGUGUGUCUUGAUGGCUUUGAAUUGCUUCCCCCCGUUUCUUUUAUCCUAAAAUCGGGAAUGGGCCCAGUAUAUCUCCACGGGCAGCACCUGAUCUUGGAAGAUGACUCUGACUACGAGCCGACAGAUGAUGAUAUUCCAGAUGAUGCUGAUGUUGAUGAGGAUAGUUUUGAUGAAGAAGAAAUACCAAGUCCGGAGAUGCCAGCUGAAGAGACAUCAAAUCAAAUUUCCUAGCUGCAGCAAGUAUUAUCUGAAGGAGACCUGCCAAAGAAUCGAGUUUGGAUUGGUUCCUGCUGAUGGAUUAUUCUAAAGAAGCCUGAUUAAAAAUGUAUUGCAGUAAAAGCAAUUGUUGCUUGUGGGUCUACCAUAGUCUCCUUUUUGGAUGGGUGGUUGGGAAAGGCAGGUGCUAAAGAUAUCACCAGUGACUAUUUUUUUUUUGAUAGUGACUCAAGCCAAUGUUAUUUAUCAGACGCAAGAAAGCAUGCUGUGGAAAGUAGGUAGCAUUUUUUAUUGCCCAUAUUCAUGAACAAUGGUGGUCAUCAUCUAAGUCUAGGGCCCCAUUUGGCAAAAUGGGUAGGGCAGUCCUAAUCACAGCAGGACAUACUCAAGAUACAGAUGACCAGCCUACAUUCCUUUAGAUUACCUUCUGUGUGAAUUGAAGGAAAAUGUUUAUAACUGAA